GAACAACGUGCACGGUGUUGUACCGAGAUUGCAACGGCUUGGAUAUGUAACAAUCCAUUUGUCCGCAUUGCAAGACACAACGACGAAAUCAAAGAUGAAUGCAUCGAUCCCAAAACGCCGCGGACAGUCUUCAGCGAGGGUCGCCGCACUCAUCCCUUAUACAUCCAGCGAAAACAAGCGCAAGGCAGAUACGGACGAGGCGACACCAUCCAAUAAAGGCUCGAACAAGAGAUCAAAAACAAGCUCCCCUUACCAAAUCCGAAUCGAUCUUUUGAAGGAACUCUCUACUAAGGCAUCAUUGGCUGCAGGUGCUGUUGCAGACGCACGAUGUGAAUCCCGGGAUGACUACAUUAUCAUAGUGCCCAAUCAAGCUAUUGGGCAUGCUCUCGAGCGAAUCCCUGGCAAACUGGAGGAGUUAGGUUGUACUAAAGUGAAUCAACUCACUGAAGAGCAACGCGAUCGUGCGCUUUCGGAGUUAUCCCAGGAGGAUGUUGACAAGUUCUGCUACAGUCUUAUAGUGCGAUGUACURUCUAUAACAUGACCAAGAUAAUCAUCAGGGAUCUGGAGGAAUUCGGACAUUGCAUAUACAGGAAAAUUAACCGGUGGCUCUGCGAAGCGCGAGAUUUUCAAUGUAGCCGACCUCGUAGGAUUUACUUCGACAAAGUGGUCCCUGUUAUCUUUGCAAUAGCUAGAUUUCGAAGAAGGCUUCUGCUCUCAGGUGAUCCCCUAAAGAAUGCCAUGAUCUACCGCACAGUAUACAACUUGAUGCUAGGUGUGAGGAAAUUUACUGAUGRCGACUUGGGAAUCGUGGAUCCCUACACAAAAAAAUAUCUGCGACUUACUUUUCGCCACAUUUUUAAAGAUUGGAUCACUGAAGAGAACAAACACUACGUUUCCAAAGAUAGGGUAAACAUUGAGCACAAAACAUAUUACGAAACAUUAGAGAAAAAGAGGAAGAAAAAUAUGAGCCGUCUCGUGUAGCUUCAGAAGAGAACGAUAAUCGCAUGGACUGCAGUGAUAAAACCGAAGAUCAAAUGACGCGAAAGAAAGCACCRUCAAAGCCUCCUCCUGCCACUUUCAAACAGAACGUAAAUGCUGUGUGUCGUAGUAUUGCACCUGGGAAAAUAGCRCCGCAAAAGAGAUCGGUCUCCGUUCGUAAGAUACUGGUUCAAGAAAAAACUUCGCAGAAAAGGGUAGAAUCCAAGUCAUCUYCGUUCGCWUCAAAUGAUAAUAUGAAAAGAAUGGGCCACAGCACUACGUCCUCRAACAAAGCAGCACUUAAAAAGGUAACGCCACAGCCGUCUUCCGCUGCUCUGAAAGAAAAUGACAUGGGCACAUAUUGCAGUAUUUUACCUCUGAACGGAUCAGCGCAAAAAGAAUCGGUCCGCUUUUCUGAUAGGGUGGCAAAGGAUGCAUACUUACCUGCCGAAAGGAAUUGGGGUUGGGGUCGGGAAAGACCCAGUUUUACUCCUAUGCGAUACUUUUGUAAAAAAACUCGAACUUGGAGAAGCAAAACUCCUAUGGCCCAUUGGAUGUCUUCACAGUUGAUGAGAUAUGUAACUAAAGCAGGAUCAUUUCAUCACAUAUUUCGUUUUUCAAAAACGAAUGUCCAGUUGUACAUUCAGGAUGAAGAAAACGAUGAGCACUGUGAUGUCAUUGUUUCUGGAAAUAUGGAUUUGAAAAAUUUAGGUCAGCUCGUGGCAUUUCUUACGGGGCACACAGAAGAAUAUUAUCACCAAUCAAACAAGGGAAAGUCAAUGAAGAACGCCAUGUUUACUGCUACUCUCAAGAGGGAGAAAAUGGGUUUUGCGGACAAGAUGAGGGCGAAGAACAUGAGGGAGGAAUGCGGCUGGGACGGUCUUUAUGAUAAGUCAGUGAAGAUCGUGCAAAUUUUUCAAGGGUAUACCAAGGGACCUGAGACAGGAAUUAUUCAAAAAUUUCGGGAUUCACCACUCGUAGAACUGCAAUGGAUUGUCAAACUCCCCGAAAAAGUCAAAAGUUAUAAUAUUUGCUGUGUUGGAAUCGUGCCAAACGAGUGUAUCCUUGGUAAAAGACCACCAUUGCCUCGAGUAGUGAACGCGUCCGUUGGUGUGACAGAAAACAAAAAAGUGACGAUGAACGGCAAAUAUAUGUACGAGAUCAAUGAAAUAUUGCGGGGGGAUCGCAAAGUGAAAAAGACAAUUUACCAGGGUCCUGUUGAAGAUCUACCCUCAGACCCUUCAUUGCGAGAAUCUUUCAUACRAAAACUGGCGGACAAAAUUACUGCAAGUCCGGUUGUCAACCGGGAGGAUGAGUGUACCGUGCCAGAAGGCGAGAAAGCUAGCGACGAAGAAAUAAAAGCGUUCCAAGCCUACAAUAAAUGGUUGGGCUAAAAUUGCGGUCGAGAAUCAAAAAAGGCAGCAAAUACAACUAUUGUUGUAUGAAGUCGAGCAAAACAAAUUAUGUUAAAAACCAAGGUACUAAUGUGGAUGGAGCAACGGUCGAGACAUGGGCUCAUGAAAACGAAACGGCCUCGGCGGUGGCUUCACUAGAAUCAUAGCCAUUGUAUAAUACUGUAUAGAUAAUUUUAAUGAGUCAAUGAAUUGAUCUAUAAUACAGAAAUUAUUUUGCCGUGUUCUUGCAACGYUUGCCGACAGUGUAUGCGGAGGUUGUGGUAAAUAAUAUUAAUUACAUCUG